AUGAACACCCCAACGACGAUGCGCUCACUUGUGGCGCCGCGAAAGGGUGGACCCGAGGUUUACGAGGUGCAGGAACUGCCGGUACCGAGCAUCACGCUGCCGACGCAUGUGCUCUUAAAGAUGCACGCGGCGGGGGUGAACACGGGAGAGCUGCAGGCUGUGAAUGGAAAGUUGGGGUUGUUUUACACGCCAAAAUAUCCAACGCAGCUCGGCCAAGAGGGCGCCGGCGUCGUCGUCGCCGUGGGACCCGAGGUCAAGGAUCUCAAAGUAGGCGACGAGGUGUUCGGGGCGUACAUUGACAAGCCCAUGUUCCGGCUGCCGCCACCGGGCUUCAUCUCCGAGUAUGCGGUGGCUGAGGAGCGCUUCCUGUUGCGCAAGCCGGCGCAUCUAUCUCCUGAGGAGGCUGCCGCCAUGACGGCCAUAGUGGUGACGUCGUACCAGACGUGGCGGCGAGGCCUGCAGCUCAUGGGCGCGGACAGCCUCGAGGGCAAGACGGUGUAUAUCCCGGCCGGGCUGAGCAGCACGGGGGCCAUGGCGGCACAGGUGGCCAGGAACGUCUUCGGCGCAUCCCGCAUCAUCACGACGGUGUCGACGCCCAAGUUGGCGCUGGUGGAGCAGUAUCUGCCGGGCAUCUACGACCAGGUCAUCGACUACAAGACGCAGCGGCCGCGGGACCAGGUGCCCCGGGGCAGCGUGGACAUCAUGUACAACACGCAGUGGGACAGCAUGGACGAGGGCAUCCCGAUGCUCAACCCGAAGACGGGGGUGCUCAUAUCCAUCACCAGCGCGCCGUCCAAGGCCACGGCGAGGAAGAUUAUCGGCGCAGACCGGUUCAGCUGGUGGAUCGGCGUGAUUCUGGACCUGGCGCAGCUGGUGUACUGGUGGAAGCUCUGGGGCACGAGCAUCAAGUACGAGAUGGUAUCUGGCAGCAUUGAGAUCCGGGAGGACCUGGAGAAGGCGGGAGAGAUUGUGGCGCUGGGAAAAGUGAAGCCGGUGUUGAGGGCUGUGGAACUGGGGGAUAUAGAGGCGGUGAAGAGAGGGUGUGAGGAGGUUGUUACUGGCAAGGGGGGGAUUGGGAAGCUGGUGGUGAAGAUAUGA